AUGCGGCAAGACCACCUUGGGCGGUUGCGUCGAGAAACCGUGGAUAUGUUUUAUCAUGGCUUCGACAACUACAUGGAGCAUGCCUUUCCUGAGGAUGAGCUUCGACCUCUGACAUGCCAACCCCUUACACGAGACCGAGAAAAUCCCGCCCAUAUCGGACUGAACGACGCCUUAGGGAACUACUCCCUGACACUCAUCGAUAGUUUAUCAACACUCGCGAUACUCGCAAGCGGACCCGAAGAUGGCUCGGGAACAGGACCAAAUGCUCUGAGUGACUUCCAAGACGGCAUAGCGGAUUUCGUACGAUACUAUGGCGACGGUCGCCCAGGUAUUUCAGGGCAAGGCAAACGGGCGAUGGGAUUUGAUCUCGAUAGCAAAGUCCAGGUCUUUGAAACCGUCAUCCGUGGAUUAGGAGGUCUUCUUAGUGCGCACCUCUUUGCCAUAGGUGAGCUGCCUAUUGCUGGAUAUACCGUGGAGCCUGCUUGGAGGGCCGAAGCCGAUGAUCCUCUCGAACUGGCACCUAUCGCUUGGCCGAAUGGUUUUAAGUACGAUGGCCAGCUUCUAAGACUGGCCCUCGAUCUCGGACAACGGCUUCUUCCAGCUUUCUAUACAGAUACAGGUAUACCAUACCCGCGAGUCAACCUCCGACACGGCAUCCCUUUCUACACCAGGUCUCCCCUGUUUCGUCAAAUGGGCGGCGACAAACCAGAAGAAUCCUCGGCAGAAAUCACAGAGACGUGCAGUGCCGGAGCUGGAAGUCUCACUCUAGAGUUUACUGUUUUGAGUCGACUGUCAGGGGAUGAUCGGUUUGAGCAAGCAGCUAAGCGGGCUUUCUGGGCGGUUUGGGGCAGAAGGAGUGAGAUUGGCCUCGUAGGCAACGGGUUGGAUGCGGAAGGCGGACAAUGGAUUGGUCCACAUGCUGGAAUCGGCGCAGGGAUGGACAGCUUCUUCGAAUAUGCUUUGAAGAGCCACAUCUUGCUGUCAGGACACGGCACGCCGAACAAGACCUCAACCAAUCGGCAGACCAGUACCAAGUGGCUUGAUCCCAAUACCAUACAUCCCCCUCUUCCCACCGAAUUGCAGACCUCUGAAGCAUUUUUAGAUGCAUGGCAUCAAGCGCAUGCUUCAGUCAAACGUUAUCUGUAUACCGACAGAAGUCAUUAUCCCUACUAUUCCAAUAUCCAUCGAACCACAGGUCAACCUUACACCAUGUGGAUUGACAGUUUGGGAGCCUUCUACCCGGGUUUGUUGGCUAUGGCGGGUGAGGUCGACGAAGCUAUAGAAGCGAAUCUUGUUUAUACUGCGCUCUGGACACGAUACUCUGCCCUGCCCGAGAGAUGGUCAGUUCGUGAAAAUAACGUUGACCAGGGGCUCGGCUGGUGGCCAGGUCGUCCUGAGUUUAUAGAGUCAACAUACUACAUAUACCGUGCCACGCAGGAUCCGUGGUACUUGCACGUUGGCGAAAUGGUGCUGAGAGACAUCGAGCGCCGAUGUCGAACAUCCUGUGGUUGGGCCGGCAUUCAGGACGUCAGGACAGGUGAACUAUCUGAUCGCAUGGAGAGUUUCUUCCUUGGUGAAACGACAAAGUAUAUGUAUCUGCUCUUCGACCCCGACCAUCCGCUCAACAAGGUCGAUGCUGCAUUUGUCUUUUCAACAGAGGGCCAUCCCCUUAUCAUUCCCAAACGGAGUCGUUCGAAGCCUGCUCUGUGGCGUUCUUUGGCAAAACAGCAAGCAGCCAGUAAUAAUACUGAGGAUGAGAGUUUUACUCGCACGUGUCCUGUCCCUACAGUCCCAGGGCUUGCUGGUUCUGCUACAGCUGCUCGUCCUGAUUUGUUCAGUGUCGCACUAUUCGUCGAUCUUCACAACACCCCCGACGUACACGGGCCGCUCGAGCCGGUGGAAGUUUUUGAUAAGAAAAAGGGUCUUGUAACGAAAUAUCGAGCCACAACCAAUUACACAAUGUUCCCCUGGACGUUGCCCCCAACUAUGCUGCCACAAGAUGGUGUAUGCACGGCACCCCCUGAGCGCGUGCUGGCUUGGAUAGAGUUCCCACCAGGUGACACAGCCAGUUCUCUCGUUUCUCGCUUCGGUACUUCACUCGUGUGGUACAGUCACAAUGGACCAACAGUGCGCAAUCUUGACAAUAUGCGGCUGCAAUUGGAGCGACAAGGCAGCAGAAAAGAAGAUGGAUUUUGGAGAAUUACGCAUGCGGCAGGUCGAGAGCUCGGCAGACACGAGAAUGUGUUUUUCCAUGCAGAGCAUGUGAGAAACUACAAGGAUGAGGCUUUCACUUGCCUCCGACGGAAAGAUAUGGUUGAGAUCGACCUUCUUCUCGACGCCCCCGAGAAAUUGAAUACCAGUGCACCCGCACCUGCUCCAGGUGUAAAUGCAUCUGGUGAAAUUCUCGAAAACCAUGCAGCACUGCCGUCAGAGUCCCUUUUCAAGUCAUUGCUCCGUGCCGUGAGCUCCGUCUUCGAACCGGCUUAUACGGACCUCCCGGAGUCGGAAGGGACCGACCCCGGCCCCACUACGCUCCGGUGGUCGGCCUAUACGGCGACCGGCCCAGGCGCAUUCCCGAUGCCGCCGAUUGUCGACACACCAAUGGCUGGCUCGCCAAGCUACAACUCUCGCAGACCUGCUGCCAACUUCCCUUGGCGCACUGUCUUCCUCGGUGGUCAAGCAUGCGAUGCUCCACUGCCCGAGGCAUCGUCCCGACAACACCAAAUCAUAGUCCUUCGACGUGGCGGCUGCUCUUUCAGUGAGAAGCUUGAGCGUAUCCCCAACUUUUCACCGUCCCCACACGCGUUGCAGCUUGUCAUUGUCAUUGACGAGGAUGAGGACGAGGAAGGUGUCGAGGACCUCAUACGUCCCCUUUUAACUGUAGCACAAAAGACACCCAGAGGUAUGGAGCGGCUCAACGGUGUGCCGAUGGUUCUCAUGCGUGGUGGCAAAGGUGACUAUGCGCGUUUUGGCGAGGCCAAAGGUGUGGGAAUGCGGCGCAAGUACCUGGCAGAGAGUCAGGGGAUGCUGAUAGAGAACGCCAUUGUCUUAUAA